AUUAUUUCUGCAUUAAAAAUAUGGCCAAAUUGCUGAUACUUUGGAUAACUGCUCAAUGCAUCGGGAUGUGCUACAGUCAUAGCUGGCUGGCAUGUACCGAUUACGCAGAAAAGAAUGCAAGAUACUACGAUCAUAAGUUAUGUCGUGGAUAUGCAAGAUCAGCUAUUCGUUUCGCGCCCAGAGGUGGUGAAUUUGGACUGGAUAAAGAUUUUAACCACAGUCCAGUAGAAGAUACUCCAUGCAGAACUAAGCGAAAUGAUUCGACUGAAUACAACAAGGAGCAUCCCAUGGCAGUGUACUAUCCUGGUCAACAAGUUGUUUUAGCCCAUCCUAUGAAUUAUCAUGGAUCGGAUUGGUGUUCUACCAUUUACGUACCAGACAAAGGAUCCUUCAUUUAUCGGGGCGAGAAAAAUGAUGAAGCUGAUCUUACAUUUAGCGAGUUCCGCAAAAAUCUCGUCGCGGAUCUUGGUGCAAAAGAUCCCCCAGUCAUGGGAUCAACUAAACAUCACGUUUAUCCAAAGCCUGGAUACCAAAACGCGCCUGCAUUUUGUGAAAAUAUGAGAAAGUCCUUGGGAACGUACAGCUUCAACGUUCCAAAAAAUCUGGAACCAGGUCAAUACACAUUCAUGUGGUUAUGGGCAUUCAACAGCUUCAAGGAAAUAUAUUCAACAUGUUUUGAAGUGAAAAUUGUUAAAACGUUAAAACAAAGAAAUGUACAACUCGCUAAAAACGGGUUUGAAAAUUUUUACGAACCCUGUGGUGGAAAAACUUCCAAUUUCAGUAUUCGAGGGAACACAAAUCCAGGGUGUCGUGGAUAUAAAAGAAUAAAUGCACAGAAAAAACCCAAAAUAAGUAUGCAGAAAAGAAAACCAGCAACACACAGUAUUACUGCAGCUGUAAGGCCAGUCAUCACCUUGCCUCAGCAAAUUCCUAUUGAAGUACAAACAGAAGAAAUUAGAGGGAAGGUGGUGCUGCCUAAGCCUAGACCCGGUAUAACAAGAAGAUAUAUCACCUUCAGUUGGAACUGCCCAGCUGUGGCUAAUUUCUGGAAUGCUCGCGUUGUCAGUACAAAAAAUCACGGAGGUCAAAGUGGACAGCAAAGUAGCAGAAUUGUCUACAGUCUUAUACAAGACGUGAUGAACAUCAACGAAGCUGAAAUAUUUUAUCAUGUUAAGUUUGUUCCAUUUUGCAAUACCAGAAAGUAUAAGCUAAAAGCAGAGCUGGUCAGAGAAGAAUAAUUCUGGAUUAAGUACGCCAUAAACAUGUUUGGUGGAAACUGACUUUGAUGACAAAAUGUAUUACAGAAAGGUUUUGACUUUGUAUCAUUUUACACGCGUGCUUUAUUAUCAACGAAAUAAAUACCCUUUGUUUCGCAGUACACUUCUGCUUUACGACCGUUUACUUAUACCGUGAUGCAAACUAAUUUCUACAUAGUCUAAAUCAGGGCGAUCUAGGGUUGCCUAAAUAGAGGUGUGCAAAAACAUUUGAAGAGGCUUUGCGGGCCGCAGUCGGGAAAACCAAAAGUGAUUGAAGGACCAGGGUUGCGAGAUUCUAGGGUCGCAAAAAAUUUGAGGAGGCUUUUUUUUACUCGUGUUUGCUUUGGUAAUGUCGUUUUCAAAUAAAACUCUUUCGUAACAGA